CCGUUGAUUAGGCCCUCCCCGUCUGUGUCUUCGGGUCUCCUGUGCCUUCCUUUUUCCCUCCCACUCUUCCAUCGAUCUUGUUCUGUGCUCUGGUUCGUUUUCCUUUUACCGCGAGCGGGGAGAGACCAAGGAAGAGAGAGCUCUCAGGGGUGCCUAGGGCCUCCGACCUCAGGUCCUGAUCUCUGAUGGCGGCAAUACUGGCUUCAGAUAGCUGCUUCCAUCGUUGCUUUAAGCAUGUAGAUCAAGGACGACUAAUAAAUGACCGUUUUAGUUUCACUGGGUCCAUCUCCAGCCCGAAAUUCUCAAGGUUGGAAGCAUCGGCAAACAGUUGCACAUCAACAAAAACUCUUCCUAGGUUUCUAGUGGAAGCAUGUCGGAUGGGAGCUGGUAGGUAUGGCGCUGGACGGGAUACCAAGAUGGUCUCAACGAAGGAAUUGAUGAGAAGCAAGGGUGCUUCUCGUCAAAAGCUAGGGUCAGUGAAUGGGUCAAAGGUAGCUGCUGAUGGAGCGAAGCUGGUUAAAAGGGACCGGACAUCAUCUGCUCUUGCUAAAACUCAGAAAAGGACUUUUCAGGAGAUUCCUUUCACGGAUGAGUUAAAAGUUCUGCCUUCAGAGGAGGGUUUCAGCUGGGCCGAGGACAACUACAGUGCCUGGCGAAGGACUAUAGACAUUUGGAUAUUUUUGCUCACUUUACGCCUGCGGGUUCUCUUUGACAAUGCGAAAUGGGCAUACCUCGGUGGAUUUACGGAGGAGGAGCAGAAAAUCAGAAGGCAGAAAACUGCUUCAUGGUUGAGAGAACAAAUUUUACAACUUGGGCCAACUUUCGUCAAAUUGGGGCAGUUUUCUUCAACAAGAUCUGAUUUAUUCCCCAGAGAGUUUGUAGAUGAGCUUGCAAAAUUGCAGGAUCGUGUACCUGCAUUCUCACCUGAAAAAGCAAGAGCUUUAAUACUAAGCGAGUUGGGUUCUCCAGUCGAUCUAUUAUUCAAGGAGUUUGAAGAUCGACCCAUAGCUGCAGCUAGUCUUGGCCAGGUGCAUCGAGCGAUCCUGCAUAAUGGAGAGAAAGUUGCUGUUAAAGUUCAGAGGCCAGGUCUCAAAAACCUUUUCGAUAUUGAUUUAAGAAAUUUGAAAUUAGUAGCUGAGUAUUUUCAGAGAAGUGAGACGUUUGGAGGUCCUACAAGGGAUUGGAUAGGUAUAUAUGAUGAGUGCUCCAAGAGUUUGUAUCAAGAAAUUGAUUAUAUCAAUGAAGGAAAGAAUGCUGAUAGAUUUCGUCGAGAAUUUAGAAACAUAAAGUGGGUUCGUGUACCUCUCAUCCAUUGGGAUUAUACAUCUACCAGAGUCUUGACCUUGGAAUAUGUUCCAGGCAUAAAGAUAAACAAUCUCGAUCAGAUUGAUGCAAGGGGCUUUAGUCAUUUGCUGAUUGCUCAACGUGCAACAGAAUCAUACUUGAUUCAGAUACUGAAGAUUGGCUACUUUCAUGCUGAUCCCCAUCCAGGCAAUAUUGCUAUUGACAUGGAUGGGUCACUCAUCUACUAUGACUUCGGAAUGAUGGGAGAAAUAAAAUCUUUCACUCGGGAGAGAUUACUUGAAUUGUUCUAUGCAGUCUAUGAAAAGGAUGCAAACAAGGUAAUAAGAUGUCUCAUUGAUCUCGAAACACUAGAACCAACAGGAGACUUGUCACCGGUGAGGAGGUCUAUACAAUUUUUCUUGGAUAAAAUUUUGAUUCAGACACCCGAUCAGCAACAGACUUUGGCCACAAUUGGUGAGGAAUUGUUUGCAAUAGCAACAGAUGGGACACUCUGUUUUCCAUCCUCCAUUACCUUUGUCAUGAAGGCAUUUUCAACUCUUGAAGGUAUUGGUUAUUCAUUAGAUCCAGAAUAUUCUUUUGCGAAGAUUGCCGCACCAGUUGCACAGGAAUUACUAGACGUAAGACAGAAGCAAUGCAGUGGAGCAGAACUUGUUGAGGAGAUACAAAAACAAGCUAAUGAUGCUAGAUAUUGCACUAUUUCGAUGCCAUUCAGGGUUCAGAGAAUAGAAGAGUUCGUUAAACAACUUGAGUCAGGGGAUUUGAAACUCCGUGUCAGAGUACUUGAGUCGGAAAGAGCUGCAAGGAAAGCCUCAACACUGCAGAUGGCUACUAUGUAUACUGCUAUGAGCGGAAUCUUUUUGGAUGUUGGGGUGACAUUAAGCAGCCAAGGAAAUCAAGCUCUUGCAAAUGGAUCAUUUAUUGGUGCUGGUAUUUUCUUAACGUUAGCGAUCAUAUCCAUGAAAAGAGUGAAACAACUAGACAAACUUGAGAAGAUGAUUUGACAACCAUUUUGAAUGUGGUAUAAUUUCUAUUUGGAGUCCAUUCUUGCUAGCUGAAACUGCAUCCCAAUCCCAUCCUGAGUAUUGUAUAUGAGUAUAGAUGUGGAAGGAUUUGUCCAUUCAUAUGGUCUGAAAGAAACGUAAGACUAUUGUUAUAUAUAUAUAUAUAUAUAUAUAUUAAUGCAAUGUGCUGGAUUUUUCCCGUGAAGUUGGGCUUCAAAUAUAUCCUAUUCCUCA